CAUUAUCUAAACACUCGCACACACACCGCCUCUGACACACACACACACACACACACACACACACAUACAUAUAUGCACACACAUGGACACACAGUAACUGCCUGUGCCAGAGCCUGCCUGCGCUCUCAGCUCAAGCCCUCUUAAAGCUGUUUUUCUGCUGGAGAUCAGCGAGAGCUAACGACACACAGCUGCCUCUGCUGAAGACAGAAGGACAAGAGGAGAACAGAGGGAGGGGAAAAGAGGAGCAGGAGGGAAGAGAGGACAAGCACAAGAGGAAAGAAAACCACCAGCAGCCUCUGAACUUCUGUCUCUCCGGUGCUCCGGUGCAGUCAUUCUUCAGCAGGGAGUGUUUUCAGCUGUAGUUCAGGACUUUUUUUGUAAGAGGGGGUGGAAAAGAAGAGGAAAAGAAGAGGGGUUGGAGUUCACAUGACAUAAUCGGAGUGAAUGGGUUGCCAUGGUGACUCACCCAGGGAGCCUGACCCGUGCAGAGUGAAUGGAGGGAGCGCCUUGGACGCCAACUGAACGAUAAACUAGCGGAGGGGAGUCACCAGAGAGAGACAGAGAGAGGAGAGGAGAGUGAAGGAGUGGUGGAUAGCAGAGGGAGCAGAGAGGAGCGGAGCAGAGGUCGAGAAUGGAGGACGGGUUUUCCAGCUACAGCAGCUUGUAUGACACCUCAUCACUGCUACAGUUCUGCAACGAUGACAGUGCGUCGGCAGCCAGCAGCAUGGAGGUUACCGACCGCAUCGCCUCCCUGGAGCAGAGGGUCCAGAUGCAGGAGGAUGAAAUUCAGCUGCUGAAGUCUGCUCUGGCCGAUGUGGUGCGCAGGCUCAAUGUGUCUGAGGAGCAGCAGGCCAUGGGGUCACGCAGAGGACCCACCAAAGCCAGGCCAAUGAUCGCCACCCUGCCAUUACGGCCCACAGUUAACAACGGGACCAUCCUACCAAAGAAAGGCAGCGGCACUCUGCCGUCCCCGUCUGGAUCUGGGUCCAGGAAGGACAGCAACGCACCGGCCAGCAAGAGCACUGUGAGGAGAGCCAACUCAAACGAACAUGUGGGAACUCUCACGCGGAAAGAUUCAGGCGACUCCAAGGGCAAUCGAACUCGCGCCGGAUCCACCGGCAGCAAUUCCAGCAGCAAAAGAAGUGACAGCAAACAGAGGGAUCCAGUGUUCAAUGCAGGGAUGCGACGUGUGACCCACUGCAAAGAGGAAGGUUAUGUGAAAAUGUACUUGAAGGGCCGUCCCGUCACCAUGUACAUGCCCAAAGACCAGGUGGACAGCUACUGCCUGGAAGCCAGAGCCGAGCUGCCCAGCAACAAACUCAAAUUGGACUGGGUUUAUGGUUACCGCGGUCGAGACUGUCGCUCCAAUCUUUACUUGCUGCCCACUGGAGAAACCGUGUACUUCAUCGCCUCAGUGGUCGUCCUGUUCAACGUGGAUGAGCAGCUGCAGAGACACUACACUGGGCACACAGAUGACAUCAAAUGCUUGGCUGUCCACCCCGAUAAAAUCACCAUAGCAACUGGGCAGGUGGCUGGCACCUCUUGGGAUGGAAAACAGCUGGCUCCUCAUGUCCGUGUGUGGGACUCUGUCAGCCUCAACACACUUCAUGUUCUGGGUGCAGGAUUCUUUGACCGAGCCCUGGUCUGCCUGGCUUUCUCCAAGUCGAAUGGAGGAAACACACUGUGUGUUGUUGACGACUCCAACGACCACGUCCUCUCUGUCUGGGACUGGCAGAGAGAGGACAGACUGGCUGAGGUCAAGUGCUCCAACGAGUCGGUGUUUGCUGCAGACUUCCACCCGACAGACAGCAACAUCGUGGUGACCUGUGGCAAAUCCCAUCUCUAUUUCUGGAACCUGGAGAAAGGCGUGCUGGUCAAGAAGCAAGGACUGUUUGAGAAACAAGAGAAGCCCAAGUUUGUGUUGUGUGUGACCUUUGCAGAAAAUGGAGACGCCAUCACAGGGGACUCAAGUGGGAACAUUUUGGUGUGGGGAAAAGGCACUAAUCGUAUCAGCCACGUCAUCCAAGGAGCUCACGAGGGCAGCAUCUUUGCUCUGUGCAUGCUGAGGAACGGCACGCUGGUGUCUGGAGGGAAAGACCGCAGGCUCAUCUCGUGGGACAGCGGCUACCAGCAGAUACAGACAGUGGAGGUGCCUGAGUUGUUUGGUCCCAUCCGGACCAUAGCAGAGGGCAGAGGGGAGACUGUGCUCAUUGGGACCACCAAGCACUUUGUCUUGCAGGGCAGUUUGGAUGGAGAAUUCGUUCCUAUUACACAGGGUCACACUGAUGAGCUGUGGGGUCUGGCUGUCCACCCCUGGAAGCCUCAGUUCCUCACCUGCGGUUAUGACAGGCAGGUCUGCCUGUGGGACUCAAGUUCCCAUCAGCUCAUCUGGACCAAGAGCAUGGAGGAUGCUGCCCAAUCAGCAGGCUUCCACCCAUCUGGAGCUGUGGUUGCCAUAGGAACGCAGACUGGCAGGUGGCUGGUUCUGGACACUGACUCUAAGGAUCUUGUCACAGUGCACACAGAUGGGAAUGAACAGCUGUCCGUCAUGUGCUACGGGCCAGAUGGUAACUUCCUGGCCAUCGGCUCCCACGACAACUACAUCUACAUCUACGCUGUGGCAGAAAAUGGAAGGAAGUACAGCCGAGUGGGGAAGUGCUCGGGUCACUCUAGUUUCAUCACCCAUCUGGACUGGUCAGUGGACUCCCAGUACCUGGUGUCUAAUUCAGGGGACUAUGAGAUACUGUAUUGGAUCCCGUCAGUGUGUAAACAGGUGGUCAGUGUGGAGACCACCAGAGACAUAGAGUGGGCCACCCACACCUGCCCUCUGGGUUUCCAGGUCUUUGGCUUGUGGCCCGACGGCUCAGACGGCACCGACAUCAACGCUGUCUGCAGAUCCAAUGAUAAGAGCCUCCUGGUUACUGGGGACGACUUUGGGAAGGUCCACCUGUUCUCACACCCCUGUUCACAGUUCAGGGCUCCCAGCCAUGUUUAUGGCGGCCACAGCAGUCACGUGACCAAUGUGACUUUCCUGCAUGAUGACAGCUACCUGGUGUCAACUGGAGGGAAGGACAUGAGCGUGAUUCAGUGGAGGAUAGUCUGAGGAGUCGACUGAAACAGAUACUGUUGGUUUCUUACUGCUGCUGGGGCCUGAACCCCAGCUGAAGCAAACUGAACUGAACUGCACUAAACUGAACCAAACCAAACUUAAAUUAACUCAGACGCUAAAAAAAAAAGGUGGAUCUACCUGAACUGAAGUGAAUUGACAGAAGAGGAACUCAAGGUUUUUCUUCCUGAUCUGAGAUGAACUGAUGGACGUGUUAAAGUGCGGUUGCUUGAAAUACAAAAAAAAUAAUAAUUUCUGAAUAUUUCACCUUUUCUUUAUUCACACUACAUGUACAAAAGCAAAUUUUCCAUGUACUGUAGCCAAGUCACCAAUGAAACAAGACAAAACAAAUCGGAUCGAAUCCAACUAAACAGAACCAAAGGCUCUGACUUUCUGACUGCAUCUGUAUCGUUUGGCUUUCACUGUUCUUGUAUCGUGCGCACUCCUGCCACAGAUAACGGACUGAAGAGGUUCCAGACUGAGUAUCGCCACCGUGCUGGAGAUCCAAGAGCAUUGGAGCAAAAAAACUGUAUGAAAAGGAAGGAAGAACAUAGUGAUUUUCUAAUUGUUAAACUUUCUUUUGUUUUGUAUUUAACAACUCAGGAAAGCACUAGUGAAGCGGGACUCCUCCCUGUUACUAACAGUGACACAUCGAAACGAGCCCUGAACACAUCUCACUAAAACAAUAAUUAGAUUCAGCUGUCGUCCAACCAUUGCUAACUCAUUUGCAUUGACUCAUAGUGUAUGAAAUCGACCCAUACAGUCUGGGCAAAUGCUGAAAUUGGUGGACAUGAUAAUUAGAUACAGCAAGAUCCAGUCAGAUGUGACGUCACCUAAACUACGAUCAUUUAAGGAAUAUCAGCAUUCAGAGUUAGGAAUCAUUUUCUACGACAUUAUCUGAACAUGUUCUACGUUUUUGUGCUUCCAGGUCUUUAAUAAAAGACACCUUUCCUAUUAUUUAUACAUCAUGAGGCAAAUCCUUCACUGCCACUUUCAGUUCCUUGAGUCUUCCCCCGCAACAAAUCCCCGUUUAGUCCCAGAUGUGUAAAUAUACUGAGAGGCUUGAAAUAGACACGAGCAAAAUAAGGGUGCAUAUACAGCAUUUGAAACUGUUUCAUAUUUUUUGGGAUGCAUUGUGUGUUUCCUUUGCCUUGAGGUGCAGGGAAAAUGAAAAGCAUGUAUUGGAGAUUUUUCAACAAUGUGAAGCCUUUUCAAAUCUGUAUGUAUCUGUUUCGGGAAGAGGAAGGAUGAGACCAUUACACUGUAACUGUUUACGUCUGAUGUGCUCCUCAGUCGUGCAUCAUCAGUCACUGGCGAGAUAUUUAACUGACUGACUGACUAAUGCACUGCUUCAACCUGAUGAACAUGCAGCAGGUGUGUUCACCUGCACAACACAACAAGCAAAUCACCAUUUAGUACUUACCGAAGCUUUUCGUGAACCAAUGAUGUCUGCUUUCAACCUUCUGAGCUGCGUUCUGUCCGUACACCUACUGUACAUCACACUCCUCAUCUUAUGGUUAACACUAAGACAAUAUUACACACGUGCAUGAAUAAAUAAGAUUUCUCUGACGGGGGUUCAGCAGAGUUUUAGUAUGAUCAUAACUGCCACUUAUAUCUGAGGCAUGUUGGUGUUGGGUUGAUGGUUGGAGUUGUCCUAUCAGGAAAACCACUGAACUUUAACAGCAGUAAUAUGAAGUCACCACUCUACAGAGUGAAUGUAACGUGAUUUGUCUUACCACUAAACACUUGGGGCUGCAGAAUACCAUUGAACAUUUAACAUUUGUCUGGAAGUAAAUGCAACAUGAAAUUCCUACGA